AUGCAUGAGCAGAGAAGUCGAAAACCUACUGAUGGCAUCCCGAAUGGCCAGAGAAGAAGCACCCAUAAUGCCGAGAACCGCCCCACCACCGAGAGCCCCGAAGGCGAAGACAACAAGGCUAAGUGGUACAAGGAGAUGCGGGCAGAAUCUAAUCGCGAGUUGUGGGUUGGCACGAACCGGAAGGCCCGUGAUGAAUUACGAGAAGGGGCCUUGAACCAGGAUGAGGCUACCAACAAGGAUCUUUCCACUUACAACACCACCAGCCAUGAUGUGGUAAAUCUUCCCGACAGAGACUCGGAGAUUUUGCUCUGCAAGGUCUCCACAUUCUUUCAGUUGCUGUUCGGAGAUGCCACAGCCACAAAUGUCUGCAAUGCAAUCCGGCGAUGGUCGGCAAUGCCAUCUCUUCCCGUUCCAAAGACGAAGCGCCACAUGGUAGACGACUUCACUCGCCAGGAGAUGCCGCAGCUUGAUCUAGAAAAAGCAAGGUCUCUCAAAGAACUUGAGAAACGGUACCAGUGUGUUGUCCACUAUGGAACGUGGGCAAUGAAAGGCCAUACUCACCCAGAUGAAGUAUGGCUUACUGAAAAUACUGUUCUGGGCAGAGGCCGACCUCGAGCUGUCCAUGAAAACUAUGUCGGCUUAUUGUUCCUUCGAUUCAAGCGAUACGUGCUGGGAUUGGCUCAGAGACGGUACGGCUACUCUUGA